CUGGGUUCGGAGCGGCAGGGGUGGGUUCCGACCGUGCCGGGUGGGGGCCGGCGGGGGUGGGCUCCGACCGCGUUGGGUCUGCAGGAUGUUGGGUUCGACCGAGUGGGUCUGGGUUCCGAAGGUGCCGGUUUGCCGGGUGCUGGGUGUGCAGGGUGCUGGCUUCCGACCGUGCUGGGUUCGCACGGCGCUGGGUUCGACCGGGUGGGGCUGGGUUCCGAAGGUGUUGGGUCUGCAGGGUGCUGCUGGGUCUGGACAGGCAGGGCUGGGUUCCGACGGGGCUGGGUUGGGGCCGGCGGGGGUGGGUUCCAACCGUGCUGGGUUCCGAAGGUGUUGGGUCUGCAGGGUGCGGGGUUCCGACGGACGGGGCUGGGUCCGGGCGCGCGGGGCUGGGCGAGGACGAUGGGCGUGGGCACGCAAGGGUGGAGGGACAGCAGAGCGCGGGCAGAAAUCCCCGUGGGCGGGCGCGUUGGCGAGCGCGGGAGUGCGGCGGAUGCUGACCUCCGCAGCAGGGCCCGUGUGCACUCUGCUCCCCCUCUAGCCCCGCCUGGGUCCCCCGCAGGUGUGUGUGGGUCACUAAGGUGUCCCUUCCAGGGUGAUUCCCUUCUUGUUGGGGUCCAAUCAGAGCAGUCCUUUUGGAGCUGCUUCCUUCUGAGGAGGAUAAAUUAGCGUGCUCCGUAUGUGUGUUUCAAAGAUGAGCGUGGUGCCAUGCUCCCGGUGUUCUGGAGGCAAUAGUCUCCUCUGCUCUCCUGCGUUCUUUGAGCCUUUGCUGUUGUCCAGGUGUGUCCUGCAGUGCAGAGUGCAGCUGGGGUGCCCAGCUCUCUUUGUGUCUGUCCGCCCCGAGACCGAUUGUACCCGCAGAGCUCCCCAGACGUGGAGAGCCAGCCUAACAAGAGAGGGGAAGAGUCAUUUUUUUUUGACAGGGGGAAAUGCCACCUCACCCUGAUGUUAAAGCCUCCAAGCGUCCCAGUAGAGCUAAGGAAUGAAAAUAGAAAGAAGAGAUCAUCCCUACUGGGCUUUGUCUUCAGCUUUUUCCUCAGCACUCUACAGUGCAGGGGCGGGGAAGGAGGCUCUUCAGCCCAGGAGCCCCCCAGUGAACGUGGCAGAGUCAACAGGGCUUGGAACUGUCUCGCUAGAUUCCACGGGCACCACACGAGUCAGCGGCCACCGUGUCAGCCGAGUUCUCGUUGUCAGAGCUUAAUUCCUGAUGAUGCUCUUACCAGGAACCACUUCGCUCAUAAAGAAUUAUGCAGUCUGCAAAGCUGUGUACUGUUGAGUUCUGAUACAUUUGAGAAAUCAGAUUUAACUGCUCCUCAAGAAAUACUGUAUAAAAAUAAAUUCAUGCGGGAUUCAUUAUUCACCCCACCUCACAGACCGAGAAACCAAGAUGUGAGACCAGAGACUAGGCUGAAGGUGGACGCCACAGCAUGAAAGCCACAGAUGGUUUCCACCCAGCCUUUCACCUUUUCUCUAGAUAAUAAAAAGUAUAGUUCCAGACAGUGGGGCUGGAAGGAAAAGGCGUGUUUGCCUCAUCCCUGCAACAGAGGUCUUGGUCUACUGAGCGGCUUGCACAUGACUCCAUCCACUUGCUGCCAUUGAUUCAACAGAAGCAAAGAGAAUGCAGGAGACAUUGUGAAAACCAGGUUCUAAGGUGAACUGACUCCUGCCCCAAUUUUCAUAGGCUCUGGAAACUAGAAAGUGUCAGGAAGAAAAUCAGGAAUUUAACAGACCUAAGAAGAACCAAAGGUACAAAUAUAUCAACCUUGAUUCCCUAUGUCUCAUGCCCCUUUCUGCCAGAAAGUGGGUAUAAUAUAUAUAUACAUAUAUAUAUAUAUAUAUAUACACACACAUACAUAUA